AUGCUGGUAAGAACGGUCGUGAUCCUAUCCACCCGUUUCUGGAGAGAGUGUUCCUCAGCGGUCGAUGGAAAUGUUCUCAAAGUACUAUUCCAAGAUGUUAGCUCACAUCUCAUCAUGGGAUUUCUCGUCGCAGUGGAUGCUGAAGACGAACUGAAGAAAGCAUGCGGAUUCACCUGCAAGUUGAUUACGUGGCUUCUGUAUGGACUCACUGACAAAUUUAACGAGAAUAAACUUUGGUUCCAGCACUUAAACAAAGCCCACAUUUCUGUUCAUGUGUACAUGCAACCUCUAAGCUGA